CGUUUCCCUCACCCGCCCGGGCUGUUGUUGGGGGCGGACUUGGGUUCCCGCUUCCGGUGUGGUGUCAUGGUGGCCUGUGGGCUGUGAUGGCUGAGGAGGAGGAAGGGAGGGCGAGGGGAAACAGACGAAGGAGCGGCGGAGGCAGCUGAAGAGGAGGAGGAGGAGGGACCAGGCCUGAGAGGGGACAUGGCGGCCCACAAGCCGGUGGAGUGGGUGCAGGCCGUGGUCAGCCGCUUCGACGAACAGCUUCCAAUCAGAGUCAGCCAACAGAAUACCCACACCAAAGUCAGCACGGACCAUAACAAGGAAUGUCUCAUCAACAUUUCCAAGUACAAGUUUUCCCUUGUCAUCAGUGGCCUCACCAACAUCUUAAAAAAUGUUAACAACAUGAGGAUCUUUGGAGAAGCUGCUGAAAAGAACUUGUAUCUCUCUCAGCUUAUUAUUUUGGACACAUUGGAAAAAUGUCUCGCUGGGCAACCAAAAGACACCAUGAGGCUCGAUGAGACGAUGCUGGUCAAGCAGUUGCUGCCUGAGAUCUGCCAUUUUAUCCACACCUACCGUGAAGGGAAUCAACAUGCCGCAGAGCUUCGUAGUUCUGCUUCUGGGGUUCUCUUUUCUCUCAGCUGCAACAAUUUCAAUGCUGUCUUCAGCCGUAUCUCCACCAGAUUGCAGGAAUUGACUGUGUGCUCUGAAGACAACGCCGAUGUUCACGACAUCGAACUCUUGCAGUACAUCAGCGUAGACUGUGCAAAAUUGAAACGUAUAUUGCAAGAGACGGCCUUUAAAUUCAAAGCCCUCAAGAAAGCAGCACAACUGGCAGUUAUCAACAGUCUUGAAAAGGCGUUUUGGAAUUGGGUGGAAAACUAUCCAGAUGAGUUUACAAAGCUGUAUCAGACGCCGCAGACUGAUUUGUCAGAUUGUGCAGAGAAGCUCUUUGAUUUGGUGGACGGGUUUGCAGAAAGCACAAAACGCAAAGCCGCUGUUUGGCCGCUGCAGAUCAUCCUCCUUGUCUUGUGUCCAGUCAUCAUCCAAGACAUUGCCAAAGAUGUGGUGGAUGAGAACAAAGCAAACAAGAAGGUAUUUCUGGACAACCUCAGGAAGGCACUUGCAGGCCACAGUGGAAGUCGGCAGCUCACCGAAAGUGCAGCCAUUGCUUGUGUGAAAUUGUGCAAAGCCUCAACCUAUAUCAGCUGGGAAGACAACUCUGUCAUUUUCCUACUUGUGCAGUCAAUGGUGGUUGAUCUCAAGAACCUGCUGUUCAACCCUAACAAGCCUUUCUUAAAAAACAACCAGAAUGCUGACAUCGACCUCAUGAUCGACUGCUUGGUGUCCUGCUUUCGCAUCAACCCAAAAAACAACCAGCACUUCAAGACCUGCUUGGCACAGAAUUCCCCACCAACGUUUCAUUACGUCCUGGUAAAUUCACUCCACCGUAUAAUCACAAACUCUGCAUUGGAGUGGUGGCCCAAGAUUGAUGCCGUCUAUUGUCAUUCUGUGGAACUCCGCAGCAUGUUCAGCGAAACCCUCCACAAAGCUCUUCAGGGUUCCGGUGUGCACACUCCAAUUCGCAUGACGCCGAGUCUUACAUUUAAAGAGAAAAUGUCAAGCCUUAAAUUUAAAGAAAAGCCUACAGACGUGGAAACAAGACAUUAUAAGGUCUUGUUGUUGUCCAUGGUCAAACUCAUCCAUGCGGACCCCAAACUCUUGCUCUGCAAUCCAAAGAAACAGGGGCCCGAGACACAGGGGAGCACGGCUGAACUCAUCACAGGCCUUGUCCAGUUGGUGCCCCAGUCUAGCAUGCCGGAAAUAGCUCAAGAAGCCAUGGAGGCCCUGCUUGUGCUUCAUCAGUUAGACAGCAUUGAUUUAUGGAAUCCCGAUGCGCCCAUUGAAACCUUUUGGGAGAUCAGUUCUCAAAUGCUGUUCUGUAUAUGCAAGAGACUCACAAGUAAUCAGAUUCUGAGCAGCACAGAAAUCCUCAAGUGGCUGCGAGAGAUUCUGAUCUGCAGGAACAAAUUUCUCCUGAAAAACAAACAAUCAGAUAGGAGCUCCUGCCCCUUUCUCUUCCUUUACGGGGUCGGAUGCGAUGUCUCUGGAGGAGGAGCUGGUCAGAUUUCUCUUGAUCACGAAGAGAUGAUGCGUUGUAUCCAAGGAACCGCACUCAGGAAAGGCAAAGGCAGCUUCUGCAUGGAGAGCACUGUAGGUUGCAGUGGGACACAGAUUUGUCGCCAGGCCCAGACCAAGCUGGAGGUGGCCCUUUACAUGUCUCUCUGGAGCCCCGAUGCGGAGGCCGUUCUGGUGGCCAUGUCUUGCUUCCGACACCUUUGUGAGGAAGCGGACAUCCGGUGUGGAGUCGACGAGGUAUCAGUCCACAACUUCCUGCCUAACUAUAACACCUUUAUGGAGUUUGCGUCUGUGAGCAAUGUGAUGUCAACAGGAAGAGCUGCGCUCCAGAAAAGAGUGAUGGCACUGCUGAGGCGAAUUGAACACCCAACAUCAGGUAACACUGAGGCUUGGGAAGAUACACAUUUAAAAUGGGAAGCAGCGACGAAACUCAUCCUCAACUAUCCAAAGACUAAAAUGGAAGAUGGCCAGGUUGCUGAAAGCCUUCACAAGACCAUUGUGAAGAGGCGGAUGUCCCACGUCAGUGGGGGAGGCUCCAUAGAUCUCUCCGACACGGAUUCCCUGCAAGAGUGGAUCAACAUGACAGGCUUCCUCUGCGCCCUUGGAGGGGUGUGCCUUCAGUACCGGGGCAGCGUGCCGUUCCCAUCCUACAGCCCACCCAUGGGCCCUGUGAGCGAGCGCAAAGGCUCCAUGAUAUCCAUGGUGUCGACCGACGGCAACGUGGAGACACCCGUCAGCAAGUUCAUUGACCGCUUGCUGUCCUUAAUGGUCUGUACCCAUGAGAAAGUGGGCCUGCAGAUACGGACCAACAUCAAAGACCUCAUGGGACUUGAGCUGAGCCCGGCCCUCUAUCCAACACUCUUCAACAAGUUGAAGAACACCAUCAGCAAGUUCUUUGACUCUCAAGGGCAGGUCCUGUUAAAUGACACUAACACGCAGUUUGUGGAGCAAACCAUUGCGAUCAUGAAGAACCUACUGGAUAACCAUACAGAAGGGAGCUCUGAACACCUUGGACAAGCCAGCAUUGAGACCAUGAUGCUGAAUCUGGUCAGAUAUGUUCGCGUCCUUGGAAAUGUGGUUCAUGCGAUUCAGAUCAAAACCAAGCUCUGUCAACUUGUGAAGGUGAUGAUGGAGAGGCGGGAUGAUCUGUCCUUCUGCCAAGAGAUGAAGUUCAGGAACAAAAUGGUAGAAUAUCUGACAGACUGGGUUAUGGGAACAUCCAACCAGGCAACAGACGAGGAUGUGAAAUGCCUGACAAGGGAUUUGGACCAGGCAAGCAUGGAGGCGGUGGUGGCCCUACUUGCGGGGCUUCCACUGCAGCCAGAAGAAGGAGAUGGAGUUGAACUGAUGGAAGCCAAAUCCCAGUUGUUCCUUAAGUACUUUACUCUGUUUAUGAACCUUCUCAACGACUGCAGUGAAAUUGAAGACGAAAGCGCACAAACCGGCGGCCGAAAACGUGGCAUGUCGCGAAGAUUGGCCUCAUUGCGGCACUGCACCGUUUUGGCGAUGUCCAACUUGCUGAACGCGAAUGUGGACAGCGGCCUUAUGCACUCAAUAGGGUUGGGGUAUCACAAAGAUCUGCAGACCAGAGCCACAUUCAUGGAGGUCCUCACCAAAAUCCUGCAGCAGGGCACAGAGUUUGACACUCUGGCCGAAACGGUGUUGGCGGAUCGGUUUGAGAGAUUGGUGGAGUUGGUGACCAUGAUGGGUGACCAAGGAGAGCUGCCCAUUGCCAUGGCUUUGGCCAACGUGGUGCCUUGCUCACAAUGGGACGAACUGGCCCGUGUCCUGGUCACCCUCUUUGACUCCAGGCAUUUGCUCUACCAGUUACUUUGGAACAUGUUUUCGAAAGAAGUAGAACUGGCUGACUCCAUGCAGACGCUCUUCAGGGGAAACAGCUUGGCAAGCAAAAUCAUGACUUUCUGUUUUAAGGUCUAUGGGGCAAACUAUCUGCAGAAGCUUUUGGAACCUUUGUUAAGAACCAUCAUUACAUCUUUGGAGUGGCAGCACGUCAGCUUCGAAGUGGAUCCUACCAGGUUGGAAUCCAGCGAAACCCUUGAAAACAACCAGCAGAGCCUCCUCCAGAUGACUGAAAAAUUCUUUCAUGCCAUCAUCAACUCCUCGGCUGAGUUCCCUCCCCAGCUUCGAAGUGUGUGCCAUUGCCUCUAUCAGGCAACUUGCCACUCUCUCCUGAAUAAAGCUACCGUAAAAGAAAAAAAGGAAAACAAAAAAUCAGUUGUCAGCCAGCGGUUUCCCCAGAACAGCAUUGGAGCCGUGGGGAGUGCCAUGUUCCUGAGGUUCAUCAAUCCCGCCAUUGUCUCCCCGUACGAGGCCGGGAUAUUGGACAAGAAGCCGCCUCCGAGAAUCGAAAGGGGCUUAAAAUUAAUGUCAAAGGUCCUGCAGAGCAUUGCCAACCAUGUCUUGUUUACAAAGGAGGAACACAUGCGGCCUUUUAACGACUUUGUCAAAAGUAAUUUUGACGCAGCCCGAAGGUUUUUCCUUGACAUUGCGUCAGACUGCCCCGCCAGUGACACAGUCAACCACAGCCUCUCUUUCAUCAGUGAUGGCAAUGUCCUUGCUCUGCACCGCCUGCUUUGGAACAACCAGGAGAAGAUUGGCCAAUACCUUUCCAGCAACAGGGACCACAAAGCCGUUGGAAGGAGACCAUUUGACAAGAUGGCGACUUUGCUCGCAUACCUUGGCCCUCCAGAGCACAAGCCUGUUGCGGACACACAGUGGUCCAGCAUCAACCUUACUAGCUCCAAGUUUGAAGAGUUUAUGACAAGGCACCAGGUCCAUGAAAAAGAGGAGUUCAAGGCCCUGAAAACACUAAAUAUUUUCUACCAAGCUGGGACAUCAAAAGCUGGAAAUCCUGUCUUCUACUACAUUGCUCGCAGGUUCAAGACUGGCCAGAUCAACGGGGACCUGCUGAUAUACCACGUCCUGCUAACCCUGAAGCCAUACUACGCUAAGCCAUACGAGAUUGUGGUGGACCUCACGCACGCCGGCCCCAGCAAUCGUUUCAAGACGGACUUCCUCUCCAAGUGGUUUGUCGUCUUCCCGGGGUUUGCUUACGAAAAUGUCUCGGCCGUGUACAUCUACAACUGCAACUCCUGGGUGAGGGAGUACACCAAGUACCACGAGCGGCUCCUGACGGGCCUCAAGGGCAGCAAGCGGCUCAUCUUCAUCGACUCGCCUGGAAAGCUGGCAGAGCACAUUGAGCACGAGCAGCAGAAGCUCCCAGCGGCCACCUUGGCCUUGGAAGAAGACCUGAAGGUUUUCCACAAUGCCCUCAAGCUGGCCCACAAGGACACCAAAGUCUCUAUUAAAGUUGGUUCUACAGCUGUCCAGGUGACUUCCGCAGAGCGCACAAGAGUGUUGGGACAGACGGUGUUCCUGAACGACAUUUACUACGCCUCGGAAAUAGAAGAGAUUUGCCUUGUUGACGAAAACCAGUUCACCUUAACCAUUGCCAACCAAGGCACGCCUCUCACCUUCAUGCACCAGGAGUGCGAAGCCAUUGUUCAGUCCAUCAUCCACAUACGAACCCGGUGGGAACUGUCCCAGCCCGACUCCAUCCCUCAGCAUACGAAAAUCCGCCCCAAGGACGUGCCUGGAACCCUGCUCAACAUCGCGUUGCUCAACCUGGGGAGCUCCGACCCGAGCCUACGGUCUGCGGCCUAUAAUCUUCUAUGUGCCUUAACCUGUACCUUUAACUUAAAGAUUGAAGGCCAGUUACUGGAAACUUCGGGUCUGUGCAUCCCUGCCAACAACACCCUUUUUAUUGUCUCCAUCAGUAAGACGCUGGCAGCUAAUGAGCCCCACCUCACUCUAGAAUUUUUAGAAGAAUGCAUUUCCGGAUUUAGCAAGUCCAGCAUUGAGUUGAAACACCUCUGUUUGGAAUACAUGACUCCCUGGUUGUCAAAUCUGGUCCGCUUCUGUAAACACAAUGAUGAUGCCAAACGCCAGCGGGUCACCGCUAUCCUUGAUAAGCUUAUCACGAUGACAAUAAAUGAGAAGCAGAUGUACCCUUCCAUCCAAGCUAAAAUAUGGGGGAGCUUGGGACAGAUUACUGAUCUGCUUGACGUGGUGCUGGACAGUUUCAUCAAAACCAGUGCCACAGGAGGCUUGGGCUCCAUCAAAGCAGAAGUCAUGGCCGACACAGCUGUAGCCUUGGCUUCUGGGAAUGUGAAACUAGUUUCUAGCAAAGUCAUUGGAAGGAUGUGCAAAAUCAUCGACAAGACCUGUCUGUCUCCCACUCCGACAUUAGAGCAGCACCUGAUGUGGGAUGACAUUGCCAUCCUUGCCCGCUACAUGCUGAUGCUCUCCUUCAACAACUCCCUCGAUGUUGCCGCCCAUCUCCCUUACCUCUUCCAUGUAGUCACUCUCUUGGUGGCCACCGGCCCUCUGUCCCUUCGAGCUUCCACUCAUGGCCUGGUCAUCAACAUCAUCCAUUCUCUGUGCACUUGUUCGCAACUCCACUUUAGCGAAGAGACCAAACAGGUCCUGAGGCUGAGCUUGACGGAGUUCUCACUGCCUAAGUUCUACUUGUUGUUUGGGAUCAGUAAAGUGAAAUCGGCAGCGGUCAUCGCCUUCCGGUCCAGUUACCGGGACCGGUCCUUCUCUCCUGGCUCCUACGAGAGGGAAACGUUUGCACUCACAUCCCUGGAAACUGUGACGGAGGCCCUGCUCGAAAUUAUGGAGGCAUGCAUGAGAGAUAUUCCAACCUGCAAGUGGCUCGACCAGUGGACAGAACUUGCUCAAAAGUUUGCAUUCCAGUAUAAUCCCUCCCUCCAACCGCGAGCCCUGGUUGUCUUUGGGUGUAUCAGCAAGCGAGUGUCUCACGGUCAGAUCAAGCAAAUCAUCCGGAUUCUUAGCAAGGGUCUUGAGAGCUGCUUGAAAGGCCCCGAUAACUACAACAGCCAAGUCCUCAUUGAAGCCACAGUGAUAGCACUCACCAAACUCCAGCCGCUCCUCAAUAAGGACUCGCCUAUGCACAAGGCCCUCUUCUGGGUUGCUAUGGCUGUUUUGCAGCUGGAUGAAGUCAAUCUGUAUUCGGCGGGCACGGCUCUCCUUGAACAGAAUCUCCAUACACUAGACAACCUUCGAGUAUUCAACGACAAAAGCCCUGAAGAAGUCUUCAUGGAGAUCAGACGGCCACUGGAAUGGCACUGCAAGCAGAUGGACCACUUUGUGGGACUCAAUUUCAACUCUAACUUCAACUUUGCACUUGUGGGGCAUCUGCUGAAAGGCUACCGGCACCCCUCUGCAACCAUUGCAGCACGGACCAUAAGGAUCCUGCACACGCUCCUCUCUCUGGUUAACAAACACAGGAACUGUGACAAGUUUGAGGUGAAUACCCAGAGUGUGGCUUACCUUGCAGCCUUACUGACGGUAUCUGAGGAGGUUCGGAGUCGAUGCAGCCUCAAGCAUAGGAAAUCCCUCCUGCUGACAGAUAUUUCAAUGGAGAAUGUUCCCAUGGAGACAUACCCCAUACAUCACAGUGACACCAGCUGUAGGACACUAAGAGAAAACCAGCCCUGGUCUUCCCCCAAAAGCUCUGACCGACACCUGGCUGCUAAUUACCCGACUGUGGGGCAGAUCAGUCCGCGCACAAGGAAGUCCAUGAGCCUGGACAUGGGGCAGCCUUCUCAAGCCAACACUAAAAAGCUAUUAGGUACAAGAAAGAGUUUUGAUCACUUGAUAUCUGACACGAAAGCACCUAAAAGACAAGAAAUGGAAUCGGGUAUCACCACGCCUCCCAAAAUGAGGAGAGUAGCAGAAAAUGAUUACGAAAUGGAUACGCAACGGAUAUCACCCCAGCAGCACCCGCACCUCCGGAAAGUCUCGGUAUCCGAGUCCAAUGUCCUCCUUGACGAAGAAGUCCUUACGGAUCCCAAAAUCCAAGCCCUGCUGCUCACCGUCCUUGCAACUCUGGUGAAAUAUACUUUAGACGAGUUUGACCAGCGGAUCCUGUACGAAUAUUUGGCAGAAGCAAGUGUUGUGUUUCCAAAAGUUUUUCCUGUUGUGCACAAUUUAUUGGACUUCAAAAUAAAUAACCUGUUAUCGCAGUGUCAGGAUCCGAAUUUAUUGAACCCAAUUCAUGGCAUUGUUCAGAGCGUGGUUUACCAUGAAGAAUCGCCGCCCCAGUACCAGACAUCUUACCUGCAAAGUUUUGGAUUCAACGGUUUAUGGAGGUUUGCGGGACCAUUUUCUAAGCAAACACAAAUCCCGGACUAUGCUGAGCUCAUCGUGAAGUUCCUGGAUGCCUUGAUCGAUACCUAUUUGCCGGGCAUCGAUGAGGAAACCAGCGAGGAAUCCCUCCUGACCCCGACGUCUCCCUAUCCUCCCGCGGUGCAGAGUCAGCUCAGCAUUACCGCGAAUUUAAAUCUCUCUAAUUCCAUGACCUCACUUGCAACUUCCCAGCAUUCCCCAGGGAUCGAUAAGGAGAACGUGGAGCUCUCUCCCACCACGACGCACUCCAACAGCGGGAGGACGCGCCACGGCUCUGCCAGCCAAGUCCAGAAGCAGCGCAGCACCGGCAGCUUCAAGCGCCACAGCAUCAAAAAGAUUGUGUGAAGCUCUUUCUGCCCCUUUUCCGUGUUAUUUUAUUUUUUCAAGACUGACAGAUGCACUCUUGCCCCGCCCCGCCCCUUCACCACGCCACGUGGUCCUGCCGCACUUAAAAUCUUUGAACUCCUCCCAUCCGCCGCGGUGCCAGACGAUCAAUUCUUGAAACUUAUUGUGUAUUUUUUUUACUUUGGGGACUUUUUUUGUUUUAAUGCAGCUGCCUUCUUUUUGUUUUGUGUUAUUCUUAAACAGACGAACCAUCCCUAUUGUUUUUUAAUUUUAUUUUAAGUUGUCCUGACACGAAAAUAAAGUCAUCUGAUGAAGAGAACCACUUUUAAACUACCCGUUCAAAGCGGGGAAUCGCCAACGACGGCAGUGACGGUGUCCUGACGGCGGAAAUCGCCUCCUACAGACACUUUUUUGGACACCUUGGUCUUGGGUUGCUGCCAUUUUCUUUUGAGCGUGCUGCUCUUUUGUUUAAUAGCUUGUUUUGUAUCUGUUUUUAAAAUUGUUAAUAUUCAAUCCUCUUUGCACAUUAGUGGUUUUGUUGGCCAAGGGACAGGCGCGGUGUCCUGGGUUUCGUCCGAGAUCCUUUGAGCUGUGGAUUUCUUUCUAAACAAGAGAUAAGAACCUUCACUCGUUUUUCUCCAUCCAUCUCUUUUCUGCUCUAAAAAGCAGAUUUAGAUAAACUUCUCAAAACUU